UCCGAAAGACACUCAGUACGAACUAAUUUUGUUUCCUCAUACCCGCAGACCGUUACAUCCGACGGUUUCUCACGCAACCAUCCAUCGGACAGAACGAACGGACUUAGGAAACAUGCGACUAACUUUGACAUUCAUCUUGCUGGGAAUUUUAGUUCCGCUGCAAGCAAAACCACAGUUCGGUGGAUUGCUUGGUGGAGGAGGAUUGCUAGGAACGGGUGUUGGUGCUACUGAUGGCCUACUCGGUACCGGCCUGCUUGGUUCCGGGACCACGAGUGGACUGCUAGGAACGGGACUUGGCGCUACCGAUGGUCUGUUGGGCACAGGAUUGCUCGGUACCGGAACUACCAGCGGUCUGCUGGGAACGGGUCUCGGUGCUACGGACGGUCUUCUUGGUACCGGACUGCUUGGCACUGGAACUACCAGUGGGCUUCUAGGAACGGGUCUCGGUGCUACGGACGGUCUUCUGGGCACAGGAUUGCUUGGCACUGGAACUACCAGUGGGCUUCUAGGAACAGGUCUUGGAGCUACCGAUGGUCUGUUGGGCACAGGAUUGCUCGGUACCGGAACUACCAGCGGUCUGCUGGGAACGGGUCUCGGUGCUACGGACGGUCUUCUUGGUACCGGAUUGCUUGGCACUGGAACUACCAGUGGGCUUCUAGGAACGGGUCUUGGAGCUACCGAUGGUCUGCUGGGCACAGGAUUGCUCGGUACCGGAACUACCAGCGGAUUGUUAGGUACAGGAAUCGGUGCUACCGAUGGUCUUCUUGGUACCGGUCUGCUCGGAGGAAGUGGAGGUGCUACUACCACCACCGUUGCUGCCACGACAGCAGCUACGACGACGACGACGACGACCACAGCAGCACCAACCACCACGACUCUACCAAUUACUACUGUGCUUCCAACAACGACGACAGCCGCUCCAACCACUACUACCGCCGCCGCAACGACCACAGUGACUUCCGCUCCUACCGGAACUGUGACAUUCAACAUUAACGGAAGUAUUAUAACCAUUUCGGCCAAUGAUCAAGCUACCAUCGAUGCUAUCAAUGCGGUCUUGGCAGCUUCAUCGACCACCGUUGCAAUGACCACGACCACCACCACCACCGCUGCCCCUUCAUCGGGAACCACAGUAACGUUCAACGUUGGCGGAUCGAUCAUUACCGUUGAUGCUACUGAUACUGCCACGAUCGCUGCGAUCAUUCAAAGCCUCAACAGUGGAACCACCACCACUACUACUGCUGCAGCAACGACGACGACAGCCACCACGACGACGACGACUACUACUGCCGCCCCUGUGACUACGACCACGGCAGCGGCUACCACGACGACGGCAGCGGCUACCACGACGACGGCAGCAACGGGUUCCUCGAACACUGGCACAACCACUUCCGCGACUAACGGUGGUUCGAUGUCUAUUUCAAUCAUUAUCAACAUCAACGGACAAUUCAUCUUGAUCACGUCCGACAACCAGAGCCUCUUGACACUGACACAGCAAAUUCUGCAGCAAAUAUCAUCCACCACUACGACGACGACGACGACGACGACCACUGCUCCCGCCAUUCCCGUGCAGCAGACGCCAGCACCUCCGGCGAACAAUGGUGCCGGUCGCCCCGGUGGUUGCAUGAGACGCCAUCACUCGUCGGAGGACGGCCAUCGUCACGGAAUGCGCGGUGGAUUUGGAUUUGGUAUUGGCAUUCGUGGACCGCUCGGUGGAGGCAUUCAGGCUGGUUUCGGAGCGGGUGUUGGUCGCGCCAUGCCAAUGGGUGGUAUCGGUGCCGGUGUCAGACUGCAGGGUCCGCUGGGAGGUAGUAUACAGGGCGGAUUCGGAGCCGCGGCUGGUGGUGGUGGUGCCCGUUUCGGAAGGCCUCGGGGUGGCAUUGGAGCAGGAGUGCGUAUACAAGGACCUCUGGGAGGCGUUGUGCAAGCCGGUUUCGGUGCUGGCAUCCGUGCCGUUGGACACAGACGUGGGUAAACGCGAACAGGCAACCUGACCUAACCAAACCCCCGUACUAUUUACUUUACUCAAAUUAUCAAACUGCAAUAAAAGAAUCCAUGCCAAAACGCAGUGGUGAAUAGGUAUGUAAAACGAA